GAGUUGCGCUCACGCUGAAGGGGGCUGGUCAGGGCUACAAGCACAGGCUAAUCUGUCAGCCUCUCUCUAGCAGCACUGAGCAUUCAUAGAACAGGACCAUGUGCGCAGAACUUCUCCACAGACUGGUCACCCUGGGACUGGUGUUCGCAAGCUUUGAUGCCGUCUUUGGGACGGAUGCCACAGAUCUGCCAGAAAGCAGCCAGGACAGAGCGGAAAAACUGGCUAAUCAGAAGGGAAGAUUGUCCCUGCAGAACACAGCGGAAAUCCAACACUGUCUAGUCAGCGCUGGUGAUGUGGGAUGCGGAGUCUUUGAAUGCUUUGAGAACAACUCAUGUGAGAUCCGUGGCCUUCAUGAGAUCUGCAUGACCUUCUUGCACAAUGCUGGCCGAUUUGAUGCUCAGGGGAAAUCAUUUAUCAAGGAUGCACUGAAAUGCAAAGCACAUGGACUGAGACACAAAUUCAGCUGCAUCAGUCGUAAGUGCCCGGCUAUUAAAGAGAUGGUAUACCAGCUACAGAAGGAAUGCUACGCCAAGCACGACCUCUGCUCUGCUGCCAAGGAUAAUGUUCAAGUGAUUGUGGAGAUGAUUCACUUCAAAGACCUCCUGUUACAUGAGCCCUACGUUGAUCUGGUAAACGUAUUACUUACUUGUGGGGAUGAAGUGAAAGAUGCAAUCACCCGCAGUGUGCAAACUCAAUGUGCACAGAAUUGGGGAAGCCUUUGUUACAUUCUAAGUUUCUGCACUUCUGCUAUGCAAGGAGAUGGUACUACCGGGUCUAGCGAUCCCCCCAAAAAGCAAGGGGACCCUGUCAAAGGAGACACAGGCAAAACCAUCCGCAGUCACUCUGACUCUUCUUCCCAGUUUGACCUAGAACGAGAAAGCGCUAAAUCCUCCAAAAAUGAGAAAAACAACAAAGUGCAGUCAUACGCACGUGGAAAACCCGUAAGCAACAAAAUUGCGUUUAGUGCUACAGAAAGUUCUGAAAAACUGGUCGGUUCAACAGACAUCCGUAGGUGAAAUAGUGUCUUCACAACCAUUCUCCAACAUCUUUCCAUUGAGAAGCCUGUCAUACCUUUUCUGUGGACAUUCCAAGGCAUUUACCAUAAAAUAGGGCAAUGCUUUGCCUGAAGUGCAUUCUCAGAUUCAGCAGAUUAAUCUCAAGCUCCUAUGGAGAGGACAGAGCACCAUACAACCUAUAUCAUCUAAGAACCCAUUCAGGGUAUUUCAUUGAUAUACAUUGCCAUCAUGAGAUAGUAUUUGAACAGAUCAGAGUUCAAAUCAAACAGAUAUUUUGGUGUACUUAUGAUGUGAUUAACUGCUUAAACGCAGGCAACCUUAAAUGUUGAGUUAAAGCUAAAUUGAUGUUGAGUGAUGUCAAAGAAUAUUAUACUCCUAAUAAGCAACUAUUCCAUUCCAUUGAUUCUUUAAUUGUAAGCCUCUGAUGUUUUACUGACACAAUGAGAAGGGUUACUUAUUUAUGUAACUUGGAUGGCAUUUGUGAAAUACACAUGAUUAGCAAUAGUUAUUUUAAACAUAUUUAUUUGGCAAUUGACCC